UGUGGUGACGUCUGACUUGGUGUGGCAGCAGCUUCUGUGAAGUGAGUGAAGAGAGGCGCUGUGUGCGGGGCGCAGUCUGUACAGGAUGUCGAAGGUAACUUUUAAAAUUAUACAAACCGCAGAUCCCCGGCUUCCUUACAAAGUCCUAAGUGUCCCUGAAUGUACGCCGUUUACUGCAGUUUUAAAGUUUGCAGCAGAAGAGUUUAAGGUUCCUCCAGAGACGAGUGCGAUAAUCACAAAUGAUGGAGUAGGGCUAAAUCCAGCACAGACAGCUGGAAAUGUUUUCCUUAAACACGGCUCUGAACUCCGACUCAUUCCCAGAGACCGAGUGGGCAGCUCUUAAUACCUUCUGGACGUCUUGCUUUGUGGAACACGGAAAGAACAUAUUUAUUAAGGGCCUGGAAAAAAAA